UUACUUCCCGAUUGUCAAUGGAAUCAUGAAUCUUCCGAAGAUAAUCCAGCGGACUGUGUGUCUAGGGGUAUAUUAGCGUCACAAUUAGCGCAGCAUACACUGUAUUGGAACGGGCCUCAUUUAUUAACGGAUCCGGAGACAACAAGAAGUCAGGUUAUCCUCAUACCUCCAGAUGAAUUGCCGGAUUUAAAGUCACACGGUCUCCUGGUCACACUAGUCAAUACAACCGGCGACUUCGCGGAAAUUAUCUCCCGAUACUCUUCCCUAUCAUUUGCGCAACGAGUGUUUGCAUUGGUAUGGCGUUUUAUUGCUAAAACAAAGAAAUGCAGUCCAGGCACCGAACUUAUUCAUCGGGCAGAGUUGCAGAAGGCCCGAGAUAUGCUAGUGUAUAUGACCCAACGACAAUACUUUGGAACAUGGAGGACGAAAUUACAUGACAGCUCCCCAAGUAAUAUUCCUAAUUCCUUCCGAAAAUUGAAGCCGUACCUUGAUGAGUGCGAUAUUAUUCGGGUUGGAGGACGACUACCGGGUUUGAUUUUACGUCACUAUCAUCGAUGUUAUUUACAUGCAGAACCACGUGCGCUGGGAUCCGUAGUUGCUCGAGUAUUCUGGAUUACUUCUGCUCGGAACGAAAUUCGGAAAGUCAUUCACCGAUGCACCACAUGCACCAAAUGGGCCGCCGUUCAUCCACAACCUAUUAUGGCGGAUCUCCCCACCUCAAGGAUUACACCAAGUCGACCAUUUUGUCAUGUCGGCAUAGAUUAUGGAGGUCCGUUUACAGUCCGAGAAAUCCGUCGGCGAAAAGCGAAAGAAUACAAGGCGUACAUGGCGCUAUUCGUGUGUUUUGUCACGAAGGCUGUACACAUUGAGACUGUGACAGAACUAUCGACCGAAGCAUUUUUAGCGGCAUUUGAUCGUUUUAUUGCUCGGAGAGGAGUGCCUACGGAUGUUUAUACCGACUGUGGUACCAACUUCGUAGGAGCAGAACGGCAUCUGCAAACGUUAUUAGGACUAGAAAAAGAAAAGAAUGUCGUAAUCAAUGACACCACAUGCAAUUGGCACUUUAAUCCACCGGCAGCGCCCCAUUUCGGAGGACUUUGGGAAGCCGAGAUUAAGUCAGCCAAAUUCCAUCUGAAACGAGCGAUCGUUACUCACGUACUCACAUUUGAGGAACUGACAACUUUGCUGACCAGAAUUGAAGGCAUCUUAAAUUUUCGGCCAUUGACACCGUUGUCUUCAGACCCAUGUGAAAUUGAUUGUCUCACCCCUGGGCAUUUUUUAAUCGGUCAACCACUCGUGGCAUUACCAGAUAUAGAUCUCACUCUCACCAAACAAAAUGUUCUCACUCGAUGGCAACUUCUGCGCCAAUGUAACCAGCAGUUUUGGCAUCGAUGGUCACACGAGUAUCUGUCAACCCUACAAGUCCGAUCUAAGUGGGCUUCGACUGGAACCAGUUUGGCGAUAGGAGAUGUCGUGAUUGUCAAAACGCCACCGACUGUAUGGCCAACUUGCCGUGUAAUUGAGAUCCACCCCGGCAAAGACGGUAUCGUCCGUGUGGUCACCCUGAAAACUGCCAAAGGAACUACCAAACGUCCGGCCGUUCAAUUGGUUAAACUUCCAACCGAUGUAUGA